UGAUUUUGUGCAAGUCUUCCAAGAAUCCACUUUCAAUUCUUUUUCUUUAUUUGACUUUUCCUUCGAGAAUAAUGGUAGACGGAUUUGCGCACUAGAGUAUGGAAAAUACGACAGGGAUGGCGACCAAAUAUUUGUUGGAUAUGUUAAAUAUUGGUGGAAAAAGCGAGGCUUCGUCAGGAGGAAGUGAACCAAACAUUUCUAGUGGUCAGAAAAUGACAAAAGAUGAAGAAGAACCAACUGGGCAAUCAGCAUCUCUAACAAGCUCAACUACUUCAGCAAUGCAGUCAAGGGUUGAAUCAGAUAUGUCUUUGUCACUUGGUCAGAUACCUGGUUAUUUAGAUGGCUCUACACCAAGGAUCUCUCUUCACCCUGUCAGCCAAUCAAUACAAUUAGGUAUUAACAACGAAUGUGGUUCCUCAGUGUAUGGAAAUGAAGUAGAAAUUUUUACCAGACAGAACACUAGUACUUCAUCUACAGCUAGCAAUAAGAUAAAAUUCAAUCAAAUGGUAAAGUAUGACUGGGAGCACAAGUACUACAAAGGAAACCUGAUUGCAACAGGUGGACAGUUCAUUGCAUACACAUUAAAAGGUCGUACUGGUUAUGUUGUAAGACUACUCAAUCCACAGACAGCAAGUCGAGCUCUCAUCAAAGGCUUCGUAGGUCUCGUUACAGAUUUGGCGUUUUCCCACAAAGAUUCUAAUACCCUUGCUUGUGUUGAUGAGGGUGGUAAUGUGUACGUGUGGAAUAUCACAGAGGAAGAUACUAAAGUAGAAUACACUGUCAAACUACAUGUCAAACGAUCAGAACAGCCAGUCUCCGAGUUCCACAGAAUAUUCUGGUGUCCUUACCUGCCAGAUGAGGAAGACGAGGAUAACGAUGAGGACGAUGAAGAUAGAUCCCUUGCUGUCUCCCAUGACAACCAGGUAGAAGUCAUUGAUGUUGCCAUGGUGAUAGCAAGAUGCGACUGCAAUGAGGUUGAUGUUGAAAUGCUGCGUCAAGGAGAGGGCUAUGUGUCUAUCAUUGAUGGUCACACCAAGACAAUCACAGAUGGGUCCCUUUCACCUGACAACGGUGUCCUAGCAACAGGUAGUGAAGAUGGAUAUGUCAGGUUUUGGCAGGUAUCAGAGAUGAUGCCAAACUCUGACCACCCAUGCUUGCAUGAGUUCCAGCCCCAUGGUGGAGCACCGCUGUCGUCGUUAAUGUUCUGUGACAACCAUAUAUCACAUGAAAAAGAUGUUCCAAUGUGGAGGUUUAUGAUAACUGGUGCAGAGUACAACAGGGAGAUCAAGAUUUGGUGUACUGUGAAGUGGACCUGUUUACAGUCAUUGAGAGACAUGAGGUGCAGCCUUUUCAAGUUAUUUGAUGUUUCUUGUAUUUCAUGUUACUAUAUGUAUCAGUCUGCUGUGAAAUUAAACCCUUUUUCUUGGCUCAGGUUUACAAGYCCAACUGCAGAUAUAGAAAGUGUACUUGGAGGGUCUUACUUAAAAAUGCAGCUUGAUAUAACAGCAAGAUACUUGGUACUCUCUGACAUUGGAAGAAAUGUUCUUUACGUCCUUCUACUACACCAAAAUAGAGAGGAAGGUUGUGCYCAUGUUACGUCUGUCACYGACUUUCAGCUUGCUCAAUCUCUGUUAAGUUUUGUCAUUAUCAAGGCCAAGUUGUUUCAGUUGAAGAGUGCUGAUCAUACUGGCCAGGAAAACGGUAAUGGUGAUUUAGCAGAGGAUGGAUACGAUGCUGAAAGUCCUGAUGAACUGGAAGAAAGCGAGCUCGACAAUGCAGAGAAGAGGAAGAAUUUAAUGGUGCARCUAAAACUUCUUUCUAUCCAUACCAAACACCAACAUCACUGCCAUUGCCAGGCACUCCACCAUUUUCGUCAUCAGCUCCUGACCCCACCCUUGUACCCAUUCCUACUUUUUCAACAGCGCAAAUGUCACCAAGGGACACAACAACAGUGCAGAGUCCUACAAGUGCAUUYGASGAUGUGCAGGUUGAAGAUGAUAAGGGGCAAGGUGAAAGGGAGGUGAAUACUCCUACUCAAGAAAGUAGCGACAGUGGGGAGAUGCMGUCWCCWGUGUCCAGCAAGAAAGAACCAUUACCAGUUACUAAUAUGSCCUUGUCACCAUCACUUGAAGUCUCUUCAGAUGAYAGARMUCCUGUCCUGCAGGAYGAAGACUUAGAUAACACUUGGAUGACAGCAACUGCUGAAAAUACUCCAGCACAAUUAACAAGACUUAGAAAGAUGCAAUCAGAAGCUGCACUGACAUCAUCACCCAUAUCAAGAGUUGAUAUCCCUCCAACAGAAAACAACUCUCAGCCAGAAACACAGGGUGUCCAGGAUUUAUCGUCAUCAAUUGGUGAGCUCUUGCAGCUGAUGAAAUCCCAACAACAACAGAUAACUACUCUAAGACAAGAACUAAGAUCCUAUCAAUCCACCCAGAAUACUACACAGUUGYUGAGAGAAGAGAUGGGACAACUUGAAGACAGGAUAAACAACGCUCUCGCUCAACAUAGUACCAGUGAAACACAGCGUCUUGACAAAGCCUUGAAGGAAAGGCAAGUCACAGACAAGAAGAAACAAGAACAUCUCACAAGUACUUUAUCACAAGCAGUCACCAAUUCAGUCACUGGAAAACUGGAAAAGACACUAAAACAUGAGAUGAAAAACAAUGUUUUACCUGCUGUACAGAAACUCCUGACACCUUUACAGGAACAGCUGAAUACAACAAUGGCUCAGAAACUAACUGCUGCAGAUGCAGUACUAAAAGAUAGUGUAAACAAGAUGCUUAAAAAUAAGGUAAGACCUUUUAACAUCAAUGUUACUUUUUUAUUUGAAUAUUUUGAUGAUUUURACAAUGCCUCUUUUKCUGUUAUUCCMCAGAGUAUYAUUGAAUCUAUUGGUACYUCGGCUGCUGUAGCUCUUCAGGGACCAAUUCUAACAUCGUACCGUGAAGCUUUUCAAAACACCAUUGUACCCGCCUUUGAGAGGGCCUGUCAAGCAAUGUUCCAUCAGAUAAAUGAAAAUUUUCAGAGAGGCACACAACAAUAUUUAGAAAAAGUAACGGUCACUGUACAGUCCCAACUUAAACAAAAAGAAAAUCAAGAUGCUAGCAUAGAACAACUCAAGGCACAAAUCCAGAGAAACAGCACCUCAAUGAUUCGCGACGUUGAGGCAGUACUACAGAAACAGCUUGCUACAGCGAUGCAUAGUUUGCGAGAGGAGUUGGCAGUGCGUUUCGAGUCUCAAAUGAAACAGUCCUURCAAGAAACACUCAAGUCAGAAGUCCAAGUAGCGAUGCAGGAGUUACGAGUUACCCAAAUGAGAGCACCAGUUAGCGAGAGUGUACCSCAGCAAACUGCUAUUGAUCCUAAGAAACGUAUCCGUGAACUUGUUCAUGCAAGAAACUACGCACAAGCUUUCCAAGAGGCUUUAACUGCAGCCGACCUCAAUCUGGUUGUCUUUGUGUGUGAAUGCGUUGAUAACACCGAACUGUUUGCACAAAGUCCACURCCUCUCGGUCAACCGAUCCUAUUGUCGCUUAUCCAGCAGCUUUCUGUGGAUUUACUCACAAACACAGAACUUAAACACAGAUACCUAACAGAUGCUGUCAUGGCCCUUGAUCCUACAAAUGAUGUCACUAGAGAACACAUGCCUUCAGUUCUUCAAGGUCUGUGUGAGCAAUUAUCCUUCGCAAUGCAAGAAUCGCAGGGAAAUCUGCAUAGGAACUUAAAAAUGUUACAUAUGGCAGCCCAGUCCCUUAUCAGAAGAUGAGCUCAAAGAGGCACAUUUAAAAAGGACCAUGUGAUAAAAGUCCUUUUAAAAAUGAACGUCUUGAUAAACGUUCCUCCAUAAAAGAGGCUAUAUAAACGCUUCACAUACGGACCUGUUGAUUAACGUUCCUACAUCAACGGACAUGUUGAUAAACGUUCCUCCAUCAACGAACCUGUUGUUUAACGUUCCUUCACAAACGGACCUGUUCAUAAACGUUCCUCCAUCAACGGACCUGUUGUUGAACGUUCCUGCACAAACGGACCUGAUUAACGUUCCUGAACCAACAGACCUGUUGAAAAAAACCCUCUUUAAAAGGACACAAUAAUAAAUGCCUUUGUGAAGUCACCAAGGGAUUUAUUGAGUUAAGGGAUUUUAUAGUUUUUGUGUUCUUGUUCUGUAUCUAUCAGCUCUCGCACGACAAUGUUGCAAGAAAGCAUUAUUUACAAAAUAAAAUGUUUAAAAAUGUUU